AUGCAAUAAUAACAAAUAUAAAAACAGAAUCAAGCUGCUUUAAAUUAAGAAUAAGAACUUAAACUUAAAUAACAACAAUAAGAUAUCUUAAAUAAUAUGUACUAAAUAAAUCAAUAAUCUGCAAAUUCACUCUUGACUGUAUACAUUUAUUCAUUUAAAUUAGCUUCAUAAUCAAGGUGAAAAAAUUGAUAGAAUUGAACAAAAUUUAGACUAAAAUUAAUAGAAGUUACAUAAAAUUGAUUACAUUUUGGAUGUUAUUAAAUCUCCAUGGGGUUAAUUUAAGGCUCUCUUCACUAAACCUAAAUAAGAGAAAUUAGAAUAAAAAGAAAAAAAUAAUUAAUAAUAACAAAUUCAAUAACCACCACAAAGAUAGGUUGAUGAAAUUUAUGAUGAGAUGAUUAAUUAAACAAAUUAAAUGAAAUAUUAAUAACUCUUAACAAAUCAAGUUAUAAAAAAUCAGAAUUCCUAAUUAGAUAAAAUAAAUUAAAAGGCUGAUAAAUAAACCCUAUAAAUGGCCAAAUAGAAUGAAAAAACUAAAAAAAUCAUUAAAUGA